CCAUGUAACUACAUUGAUGAUAUAUGAACAUUUGAGCAAUUUUUCCUCUUGCCAUAAAACUUCACAAUUGUUCAUCUUGAUGAAACAUCAGUAUUAGAAACGUAGAUUCCUUUCGGCUUGAUACUUGGCCGGAUACUGUAUCUGAAAGUGCAACCCAAAAGAAGUGCAUUUCUAAGAACUGCCAGAUUUCUACGAGAUAUAGCAAUCCUGCAGAUUCUUACAAGAUGUAUUCAAAGUAAAUAACUCUUUGUGGUGUCUAUCAUGAGAUCGCAUCAUGGGAUGAUAACACACAAGACGAGCUUGAAAGAAUCCCUUUGCAUCGUUGAUCCAGUGCUCUCCCAUGCACAACUGAGUGUUCAUAUAUACAUAAAUCUCCAUACAGUCCUUCAAUGGCUGCAUAACUCAGUGUCGCGAACAACUGGCAGCUUUCCAGGUACGUCCUUGAGAGAAAGAGUCUGGGUGCCACCUUCCAUCACGCAGUGUGCAGGAUCUUCUCCAUUAUAUACGAUGAUUUCAGCAGUCACGAGACACUGAGGGAAUGUCUUCGUGCAUACGCGAUGAUUGUAAACACCUUGAUGGCCCUGACUCUCUGCCACAAACCCGCAAGGCUCGGCUUCCUCAUGCUGGAGAUCAUGUCCUUUCUCAGCAUCUUUUCCAUCUUCAAAUUCCAAAUCUUUCACACACAUAUCCGUAUCGGGCAACUCGUCGAACAGUAUAAGUUUCUGCAUCUCGUCAUCACCACGACUUAAUAUCUCACCAAGUAUAAUGUCCGAAUCCUCUCUAUCAGCUCUCCUACCCUCCAUUGCCAUUGGUCCUCUCCAAUCCUUCACCACAGUGCCAUCCACAUCAAUAUACAUGUUCAACUUUCCAGAGAAGAUUGAAGACAUUCUGCACAGAAGCCGAUGCACAUUCUGUCGCCAAGAUCUGUCGCAAGAUAUGCACACCUUCGAACAUUGAAGAAUGAAAUCAAGAACAAUCUC